UAUUUCACUUUUUUUUUUUUACGAAAAUAAUUUUAUGGAUUUAUUUGGUUAACAUAAAAACUUAUUAUUAUUAUUAUUAUUAUUAUUGUCCCCCCUUCGGCUUCUUUGAAUGAAUGUUCAAUGUUGUUGUUGUUGUUGUUUUUUUUAAUUAUUAUUCCCAUCGUACAUACAGAUCACAAAAACCCAAAGACACCAGUCUGAGUCCAUCUCUCUCGCUCGGUCGCUCGCUCGUCGUUGAGCUUCGUUUCUCCACUGAUUGUUUAUCCAAAUUUCUGGACUCACGUUUGCUUUUUUUGAUCGCAUCUUCUCGAUCCAUGUUGUGUGUGUUUUGAUUUAAGUGAGAGAGUGGAGAUCUGGAAGCAAGGAACAGAGGAGUUGUGUGACAGUCUUAGUACUGUUUUUUGGGAUUGAUGGAAGUGGAGAGAAAGCAGUGAGGGAAUGAAGUUUUACAUAUCGGCGACGGGGAUUAAGAAGGUUACGAUAUCGAAUCCAGGCGCAGGAUUCGGAAAAGGAAGCGGAGGAGGAGGAGGAUGCUCGGCGGCGAGGAGAUUCUCUGGUCGGACCUUGUUACUGUUGCUCCUUCUGCUCGCCCUCGUCCUCCCUUUUAUCUUCGUCAGGUUCGCGUUUCUCGUCCUCGAAUCCGCCUCCGUUUGCGAUUCUCCUCUCGAUUGCAUGGGACUGAGACUUCUCCGUGGGGGCGACACAUCUCUGAAAAUCGGGGAAGAGUUGACACGAGCGCUAGUUGAAGAGACAGAUCAGGACGUUAAUGGAAGAGUUACAAAGGGCUCAUUGGACUCAUUCGACGACCUUGUCAAGGAGAUGACGUUAAAACGUCGUGAUAUAAAGGCGUUUGCUUCUGUGACUAAGAAGAUGCUGUUGCAGAUGGAACGUAAAGUCCAAUCAGCUAAACAUCAUGAGUUAGUGUACUGGCAUUUAGCCUCUCACGGUAUUCCCAAAAGCCUCCAUUGCCUUUCCCUGAGAUUAACUGAAGAGUACUCUGUAAAUGCCAUGGCACGAACGCGUUUGCCUCCACCUGAAUCCGUUUCCCGUCUGACCGACCCAUCUUUUCACCAUGUUGUCAUCUUGACUGACAAUGUUCUCGCUGCUUCCGUCGUCAUAUCUUCUACCGUAGAAAACGCUGUGAAUCCUGAUAAGUUUGUCUUCCAUAUCGUUACCGACAAGAAAACCUAUACCCCUAUGCACGCUUGGUUUGCUAUGAACUCUGCUUCAUCUCCGGUUGUUGAAGUAAAGGGACUUCAUCAGUAUGAUUGGCCUCAUGAAGUGAAUUUCAGAGUUAGAGAGAUGCUAGACAUUCACCGCAUGAUUUGGAGACGGCAUUAUCAAAAUUUGAAAGACUCUGAUUUUAGUUUCGUGGAGGGUACUCAUGAGCAGUCCUUGCAAGCUCUAAAUCCGAGCUGCCUCGCCCUUUUGAAUCAUCUUCGCAUCUACAUUCCCAAGCUUUUUCCAGAUCUCAACAAGAUAGUUUUGUUGGAUGAUGAUGUAGUAGUACAACGCGACCUUUCGUCAUUGUGGGAAAAGGAUCUCAACGGUAAAGUUGUCGGUGCAGUUGUUGACUCGUGGUGCGGAGACAACUGUUGCCCGGGAAGAACUUACAAAGACUACUUCAACUUCUCACAUCCUCUGAUUUCAUCAAACUUAGUUAAAGACGACUGCGCUUGGCUUUCUGGUAUGAACGUCUUUGAUCUAAAAGCCUGGAGACAAACCAAUAUCACAGAAGCUUACUCUACAUGGUUAAGACUCAGUGUUAGCUCCGGGCUACAAUUAUGGCAACCAGGAGCGUUACCACCUACGCUACUUGCUUUCAAAGGACUCACACAGUCUCUUGACCCAUCGUGGCACGUCGCUGGACUAGGAUCUCGAUCUGUAAAAUCUCCUGAAGAGAUUCUGAAAUCUGCUGCGGUUUUACAUUUCAGCGGUCCAGCAAAGCCGUGGCUAGAGAUCAGUAACCCUGAGGUACGAUCUCUUUGGUAUAGAUACGUAAAUUCCUCCGACAUCUUCAUUAGAAAAUGCAAAAUCAUGAACUGAGAAAGAGAAAAAAAAAACUGAUUAGAAACAAAUAAAAGAAAAGAGAAAAAAAAAAACUGAGUGAUAAAGCCAAUACUUGCGGCUGUACGUAUGAGAGAACAGAGGGAAGAAGGUUUAAGCCUUCAGCCUCUGCUCAUAUUUUCUCUCAUGUCCAUAUACUAAACAGUAAUUUAGAGGAAGGAAGGAUAUUAUAUUAGACCUUUUAAGCAUAUCUAGCUUUUUCUUCAUUAUCUCUCAACUAGUAUAGCAAAGAUGUAUUUUUGUUUAAUUAUAUAGCUACACAUAUUGUAAUAAUUCAUCACAUAAUAGAUGUUUGUAAGUUUGUAUUCUUUGUAACCCAUAAGUUAUCUAUGGACAUAUUUGUAUCAUUUUAUCAAUAUUUAUAAUGUUACUACUCUCUAUCCGAA